AUGAAAUUCGCUUAAGUUACUGCAAAUUCUUUUUAGUCGAGUAAAAUAGUGAAGUUCGAACAUUAUAGUUACAGUGUCAAUGAUCAGAUCGGAUCAGGCUUCAGUAGUCAAGUGUUCAAAGGCAGAAAUGAGAAUACAAAUGAGACCGUUGCGAUUAAAAUUAUUGAUAGAAGUAAAAUAACAAAUGAGGUCGAGGAGUUCCUCUUGAAUCAAGAAAUCAAAGCCUUGUCAUUGAUGAAUUCAGAAAAUGUAAUUAAAAUGUACGAUUACUAUCACAAACCACAAUGCACUUAUAUCAUAACUGAGUAUUGCAAUUAAGGCAAUGUGGGAGAACUAAUUAAACGAAAGCAGAGAAUCGACGAAAUAGAGGCAAUUAAAAUAAUGAAGCACAUCGUCAAUGGAUUUAAGGAGUAGGUUGCUAAAGGAGUAAUUCACAGAGAUCUAAAACCAAUAAAUAUUUUAAUACGAAACGGAAUUCCCAAAAUAGCAGAUUACGGAUUUUCGAAGAUGAUGAAUGCACCUCCAGAAACAAUCUACUACAAUGUAGGUACAGCAUUAUACAUGUCUCCACAAACUAUGAUUAAAAAUAUUUAUUCUGAAAAAACUGACAUCUGGAGUUUGGGAGUCAUAUUCUAUGAGAUGUUGUAUGGAUAAGUGCCAUUUUCAGCUUAGAGUGAAAAAGACCUAGCUUAAGUGAUAUUAAAAACAUAGCCUUAAUUUCCUCCAAAUAUUCCAGUAUCAAAAGAAACGAUAGAAUUCAUUUUAAAGUGCCUCUCAAUUGAUGAAUCUAAAAGGUUCUCAAGCAGUGAUUUGGAACACCAUCCCAUCUUCUACCGCAGACACACUAUGACUGCCCCUCGACCCAUAGCUGAUAGAAAUCCUUCUGUUAAAAACCGAGAACAUUAUUCUCCUCAAAGAACCACAGAAUACAAUCACAAUCGCAUUAAUUUUAUAGCCUAAACUGCCAUGCCUCAAUCUGCAUUAAAAAGCAGAGAGAGUGUGAGACACUUGACUUAGAAUGAUGAAGUCAUACAAGCAUAAUUCUAAUUCAUUGAAUUGAUGUUUAGAAUAUUAAGAAUACUUGAUAAAUAAGUAGUACUCAAUUAGGAGUUGUAGAUCAAAUUAAAGUUCUUGAUUAUCAAAAACAUGUUCUUUAAAACCAUUUUAUUGAGAGAAGUUGUUGAAAAAAAGAAGAAUGUUCUGCAGUUAUAUGAAUUCGAUAUUUACAUUGAGACAGUUGGAAAAUACUAGACCCAAGUUCAUGAACUCUAUCAAAUUGCCAAAGAGUAUCACGAUAAAUAAUAUUAAAUGAUCGAAAGUAAUCACACACUCAAGCAAUCUGUGUUGAGGGAUCGGAGUUUUCAAAAAAUAUACGAAAACUACAAGUCAGUAACUGAGAGCUAUGAAUUUUAUUUACUUUUCAGUACUUUACUCUAGAGAUGCAUAAGGGAUUUAUACAACAAAUGCAAUUCUAGAUUGGCUGGAGCGAAUGAUUCACAAUAAUUGCAAUUGCAAGAUGAGACCAUGGUUUAUGUAUUGGAAUAGUUGACAUUCUACUACAGUCUGUUAAGGUUGAUAAUAGAGAAUAAUAACAACAUUUAAAUAUUUACUAAAAAGGCCUAGAUCAGUAGAAUUCUGUAGGCCUCUCCAGAACAAAUUACUAAAAGCAACUUGAUGAGCAUUAGACAAUCGAUACAGGAAAUGAAAAUAUGA